UUCCUGACUUUUCAAGAGGAGGAAGUGCGAUUGCAUGGCUUUCGUUUGCUGCACAUGUGUGGCACAGAGUGGGAAAGAGACUUUUAAACUGGGGCGCUAGUCCAGCACCAGCGAUGACUUUGUGAGCGCUGGGGGUGAGGGGGGGGGGAUUGCUUUACACCAGGAAGCUGUGCUGUAUGUUUCCACGCUCAGCUGCUGAGACAGAGACACACACAGCAAUACAACAGCAGCCGCUUGCCUUUCUCGGUGUGUGGAUCAGCUGUCUCUCUCUCUCUCUUUUUUUUUUCUUUCCGUUGUGUUGUUUUGUGUCUCUUGCGAUGGCUGAAUGAUGGCCCAGUACAACAACUCCACACCACACACCAUGGCUGCCAAAGACGAGCUCUACAGCAAAGUCACCCCCAGAAGAAACAGACAACACCGAACGGGGACAAUCAAACACGGGUCGUCUCUGGAUAUCCUUUUAUCAAUGGGAUUUCCCAAAGCCAGGGCACAAAAAGCACUGGCAUCCACUGGCGGAAGAAGUGUCCAAGCAGCAUGUGACUGGUUGUUCUCUCAUGUGGGGGACCCAUUCCUUGAUGACCCCCUGCCUCGGGAAUAUGUUCUCUAUCUGCGCCCCACCGGUCCCUUGGCUCAGAAGCUUUCUGAUUUCUGGCAGCAGUCAAAGCAGAUCUGUGGGAAGAACAAGGCUCACAACAUCUUCCCACACAUUACUCUUUGCCAGUUCUUCAUGUGUGAAGACAGCAAGAUUGAUGCCCUCAAUGAAGCCCUGCAGGCAACAGUGAUGCGAUGGAAAUGCAAAUUCCCUGCUCCCCUGCCUUUAGAACUCUACACGUCUUCGAACUUCAUUGGGCUUUUCGUCAAGGAGGACAGCGCUGAGGUCCUCAAGAAGUUUGCGGCGGACUUUGCUACAGAAGCUGCAUCUAAAGUGGAUGUACAUGUAGAACCCCAUAAGAAACAGCUGCACGUGACAUUGGCCUACCACUUCCAAACCAGCCACUUGCCCACGCUGGAGAAAUUAGCACAGAAUAUCGACGUCAAGCUAGGAUGCGACUGGGUCGCUGCGAUCUUCUCUCGAGAUAUAAGAUUUGCUAACCACGAGACACUGCAAGUGAUCUAUCCCUACAUCCCACAGAAUGACGAUGAGCUUGAGCUGGUUCCAGGGGAUUUCAUUUUUAUGUCCCCGGUGGAGCAAACCAGCACCAGCGAGGGGUGGAUUUAUGGCACUUCCCUAGCGACCGGCUGUUCUGGGCUGUUGCCUGAGAAUUACAUCACGAAGGCAGACGAGUGUGGGACCUGGGUGUUUCAUGGAUCUUACUCGAUUCUGAGUACCAGUUCUUCCCCAUCCCCUCUAACCUUCAAUGACGGAGCUCUGGAAAGAAGACAGCAAGAAGAUCAAGGCCCUGGGGACACAGGGCCACUCACGAUCAUCUGCCAGACAAUGCACCCCCUGAGAGUAACCAGCCAGCCAGGGCUUCAAAAACGAUGUCUUUUUGUCUGCCGGCAUGGGGAGAGAAUGGAUGUUGUGUUUGGAAAGUACUGGUUGUCCCAGUGUUUUGAUGCCAAAGGAAGGUAUAUGCGAACAAACCUGAAUAUGCCUCACAGCUUACCUCAAAGAAGUGGUGGUUUCAGGGAUUAUGAAAAAGAUGCACCAAUCACCGUGUUUGGUUGCACACAAGCAAGACUUGUUGGUGAAGCCUUGCUGGAAAGUAACACUGUUAUUGAACAUGUCUACUGUUCCCCGUCGCUGCGCUGCAUACAGACAGCACACAAUAUUCUCAAAGGUUUGCAACAAGAAAAUAACCUAAAGAUUCGAGUAGAGCCGGGCUUAUUUGAGUGGACAAAAUGGGUCUCUGGUACCACAUUACCUGCCUGGAUACCUGCAGUGGAUUUAGCUGCAGCCAAUCUGUGUGUUGAUACAACCUACAGACCUCAUAUACCAGUCAGCAAGUUAGUGGUUUCAGAGUCUUACGACACAUACAUAAGUAGAAGCUAUCAAGUAACAAAAGAAAUCAUAAGUGAAUGCAAAGGCAAAGGAAAUAACAUUUUGAUAGUGGCUCAUGCCUCUUCUCUGGAGGCCUGUACUUGUCAGCUCCAGGGCCUCUCGCCUCAGAAUUCCAAGGACUUUGUACAGAUGGUCAGAAAGAUUCCAUACUUGGGGUUCUGUUCCUGUGAAGAAUUGGGAGAGACAGGUAUUUGGCAACUAACAGACCCCCCCAUCCUCCCGCUCACACAUGGACCAACUGGAGGCUUUAACUGGCGAGAGACCUUACUACAAGAAUAGGCAAAGCUAAACUUACAAACAAACAAAAAAUGGCCUUUCUAAGCAUUGGAGAAUGUGUCUCAUUUCUUGUGUUUAAUGACAGUGGAAAAAAUAUUCAUAACAUUUUAGGUGAAUCAUUCACAAAAACAUUCUACCAUAUCACCAAUAGAGUCACAUUUGUGCAAAAAGUUCUUAUAUGUAAAACUAGGCGAAUAUAAGAAAGGGCUUAAUUGAUGGAAGAAUAUAACUAUACAUCCAGGCUUCUGCACUGCAGGAAAUGUCUAUGUUAUCUAAGGUUACAUAGCCUGGAUAUAUUUUUCAUCUUGAACUGAACUCAGACAAUAUCGCCUUCUGCACCAUGUUAGUGACAACUAGGACUGUGUGAAAAUUGUGAAUUUUGGGUCUUUUUCAUUUGCAAACUUUUGCAGAACAAAUAUUUGCUAUUUUGUUCUGGACUAUGUCGACAUCUUCCCCAUUACUCCCAAAUUCUGCUAAAUAUCACUUUCGUGGUCCCCUGAAAUAGAAACAUUUAAUGUGUUCCAUAUGAUAUCCUGUCUCAUCUCCAGGAGGAAGGGAGUUCUCUAUUCCAAUUAUAGACUAGCAUCAAACUAUUCCUUUUCAUUACCAUAUUAGAUACGUACAUAUUACACAGGUGGGUACGUUGCAGAUGCCUAAGGUAGACUGAAGCACAUGACAUUGAUCUGCAUCAGAACAUGAUUUUGAACUUCAAAGCUGUCAGAGGUGAAGUUCUCACAUGAAAAGUAGGAUUAUUUUUCAGUGAAGAACUGGAGCAGUUUUGCUAAAUGGAAAUGAAAAGAGUACUCCAAAUUUGAAGGUUUUCUGGUUUUCUUGGCUGAAAUUCACAGCUAUGCAGAGGACCAGCUUAAAACCCUGUGUAUCACUCAAAUACUAUUUAAGACCUUUCAACAUAGUUUUAUAUGAUACAUAGGCCUUUUGCUGAUUUCUCUACACAGAGGUGAAUUUCACCCUUUGUGAAUAUUUCUCACAGCCCCAGUGAUGUUCUACAGUAAUCAGCCUUCAUCGAGGAUAAUGACAAGGUUGAAAGGAUAUGCUAAUCAUUUAGAUUUAAGGUGGAGGUGUUGUUUUUGUGGGGGAUUUUGGUUUUUGUUUGUUUUUCCCCUUUGUUUUUUGUGGUUUUUUUUUACAUUUUAAAGUGCCAUCUAUCACAUACAGAAACCAGAGCUGAGAAAGAAUACACUGUGAUGAAAAAAGCAACACAGUGAACCCAAGGAGCUGUUAGUUAUGAGGUGAUUUGUUUCAUAUUGAGCUAAAAUCUCAAUCCCAUUAAAGUCAUGAGGAAUUGCUGUAGUAGAUCAGACCCAAUGGUCCUUUUAGUCCAGCAUACUCUCUUUGACAGUGGCCAGUAUCAGCUGCUUCAGAGAAAGAUGCAAGAAAGCCUGCAAUGAGCAGUUAUAGGAUAACCUGCCUCCAGGAAAGUGCCUUCCUGACCCACAACAGAAGGAUGUUGGCAUACGCCCUGAAGCAUGAAGGUUCCAAAACUAUUUUGUAAAAAUAUUUACUAUUUUAGGCCCCAAUUCAGGAAAACACUAAAGCACAUGCUCAUCUUGAAGAAAAUGGGAGUUAAGCACUGUCCUGAAUAGAGUUGUUUUUCUGGCCAUAAUACAAAAUAUUCUUGUGAUCCAUAUAAACGUGCAGAUUUGGGCGGGGUAUGGGAGGAAUAAUCCUGUUAAAUGUUAGGCCUGUCAACAGCAGAAUUCCCAUUGACUUCCGUGGGAUUGGGAUUUGACCACACAAUCAGUAUAUCACAGUGACCUAAAAUAAGAACCUAAUCUUUCAUAUGUGAUGCAGGUAAAAGGCCCACCAAAUUCAAUGGGAAUUUCACCCAUGUGGCAACGGCAGGAGUAAAAUUUAAGGGUUUUAAGUUCAGCAUGGUCUAGAACAAUUUUAACUAGUUUAUGAUGUGGACCUUGCCAAUGAAUAUACAGCAGAUUCCGUACAGAAUUUAAAUCAACAAACAGCUCAACUUGUGCAAUAUGACCAUAACCGUAGUCUAUUAUUUGUACAUUUACAAUAUAUGUAAUACAUAGUAGGACAUCAAUAAAUGCAUUAUUAUACCAGGGAUGUAUACUGAAAAGUCAGGGAGAUAACUUAUGCGAUGACAGAAAGAAACUGCCUCAGUAUCUAAACUGCAUCAGUAUCUGUGCAGUUAUAUUGCUGUCACUUUUUUAUUUUAAUUAUAAUUUAAACUAUUUUUAGCGUGUACAGACAUUCUGAAGAGUGUUUUUUGCUUGUUUUCCUCCAUGCUUACUUACCACAAACCUGCAAAGGAAUUUAUUUAAUUGAAUGAAUAAACAGACAAUCAAACCAAAAAUAAUUUGGGUUUCACUGUAUAUUUAAAUUCCAUUGAUAACUUACUGUUUUGUGCUGCAUGCUUUCAAGAGGUUGGGUAACAUAUGCAAUAUGAUGAGAAGCUAUCCAGAUUUGACCAUUGUUAAGCAGCGUUUCAGGAAUUUGUUUAGACAGUAGCUGGUAAUAGGUAUGGAACAAAACCUGUAUGCAUAGACUGUUGAAUAUUGUAGUAAUUGAUCUUUGCAUAGAGUUAGUAUUUUAACAAAAAGUGUUCUGUUUGAGAAGGGAAAAAAGGGUUAAAACAUUCUCUUCUUAAUAAAGUAUAUUUUUGGAUGUUUGGGAAAGUAUUUUGGCAAUUGUUAUCUGAUCUCACAUUUGAGUUUCAGGUGUCAGGAAUCGCAGAAAAAAAAUCUUAUUUUCUUCCAGUAUUUCAUUGUCUAAUAAGGGUUUUGCAUUAAGGAAACUGGUGCUGAUAAGGUUCUUUGUUAAAAAUGCAUCUUACAUUAUUUAAAUGCAUUGCACUGGGAAAACCCUAGGUAUUUUAUUUAAAUGCAUCACACUGGGAAAACCCUAGAUAUUUUUUAAUGUUUUUAAUUAGAAUGUUAAAAAAAAAAGCAUCACUGCCUAUAUUUUGCUACGUUUCUGCUCAUUAAUGUGUGUUUAAUGGUAGUCUAUUUUUACAUCAUUUUUCAUUUUCUAUUUGAUUUGAUCAAGUGUUUCAGUAGGGCUCAAUGGAUGCCUCCCUGAUUUCUUGGACCCUGACUCCAGUAUAUCUUUGCCUUUACCUAAAUGUUUUGCCUAUAGUUCCUCCCUUAAGUGGAACUGUUUGGGUUGCAACAGUCGUAGACCCUGAUCUUGCAAGCUAAGGUGACCAGAUGUCCCGAUAUUAGCUUUGUCUUAUAUAUGCAACUAUACCACCUCCCCACCCUCAGAAAAAAACAUCCCACUUGCUAGCUGAUCACCCUACUGCGAGCUCACACAUGCAGGCAUGCCCCUUGCCCUAUACAGAGCCCACUGAAGUAUAUUAAACCUUGCAUAGAACACUUUAGUCUCUGCCAGACAGGAUGUGCACAGUUCCCAGUGAUUUCAGCACUUUGUCCAUUGUGCAUCGGAUGUGUUGAUGUAGACAUCAGGUGCCACAUUUUCAUGAGUUUCCCUCACUAUCAAUGCACUGGUAGCUACAGUCGAUUGCUUAAGUUCUGCAAGUAGUUAUUGGGCUGGGUCCUCAUCCAGUGUAAAUGGAUUUAACUCCAUUGAAAUCAAUGGAGCUAUGUCCAUUUACAUCAGUGAAAGAUGUGGCCCAUUAUUUCUGGAAUAUGAUGUUUUCCAUUACAUGGAAUCUGAGCCAAUCUAGAAUAAAUGGCCAACUGAUGGCUAGAAAGCAUUUCUUUCUUUUUUCCUGUGGAGUUACUUUCUUUCUUUAUUAUU